AUGACGCCUCGAAGUCUACUUUCCCUUGCUUACGUUCUCGCUUGCGUCUUUCGCGUGGGUGCCUUCACUUCGUCGUCUCCACGACCUCUGCAGAUUGCGGUACGACCUGGUACCAUUUCCACACAUACGACGCCAUUGUCAACUACUGCCAGACUAGUAGACGGCAAGAUCCCCACACCGCAAAUGCGGACGACGACCUCUCUGGCAAUGGUGGCACCAGCGGGUGUUGCCGUCGCUGCCAUUACCGGAGCUAUGACUGGGGGACUUUUUGCGGGAGGACUACACGCUAUUGCGGGUCCUGAUCACUUGGCAGCACUCUUGCCGAGAUGCUGUGGACAACGGUGGUACCGUGCUGGUCGUGUGGGUGCUCUCUGGGGCAUGGGACACGGUGUAUCCGCCACCAUUAUCGGCGUCGCGGCCUUUGGACUCAAGAAUACCUUCAAAAAUAGUAUGGGAUCGCGUCUGCAGACAUUGGUGGCCGGAGCUACGCACGUUACGGAGAUUGCCGUGGGCCUCUCGCUCAUCCUAAUCGGAAUGAUGGGUAUUCGCGAAGCCCGCGAAUGGGAAGACGAACUCGAUGGUGUGCAGCCACAGUCGCUGUCGUCCGCAGCCGCCGAUGCCGGCAUCAAGACGGCACAGAAGCGGGCUGUCGUCUUCAAUGGUCUUUUACACGGAUUUUCCUGGGAUGGCGCACCGUCCCUGGCACCGGCCCUGGCCGUGGCCACUUGGAGUGGGAACCUCGCCUUUUUAUUCUCUUACGCCGUUGGAACUAUGACUACCAUGGCCAUUGCGACCACCUUGAUCGGGGAAGGUACACGUAAGGCCGGAGAUUUCUUUGACCGACCCGACAUUCCGCAAAAAUUGAGCUUUGCCUCCUCCAUUCUCGCCAUUGCUAUUGGUAUUGUAUGGUGUGGACUGGCCUUUCUAUAAAAAUCCAAUCACUCAAUAUUCCCAAUAGUUACGUCAUGUGGGACGAAGUAGGAUCUCGGUUGCAUUGUUG